AUGUCGUUAGCUUCACGUUUUGUAACUGGACAGACAUUUUCAAAAAUCGCCCACCAGACAAACUUUUCUUGCCAGAUACUGGAUGCCUUUAGUUGCAAACUGAUUGCACCCGGAGGAUUUCCGUAUGAAGCAUAUAAUGGCCAAGCAUGUAUUCAGCCUUGGAGUGUGCUUAAAAUGGUAGAAUACUCUAGAGCGGCUUCAUUUGCAAAUGACAGUUUUAUAGACUGUGGAAAAAUUUAUGAGAAAUACUUUGUUUUUAUUGCUUCGACCGAAACAAGGAUGUUGCCAGAACUUUUCGAUGCAUCUGUUAAAAAAUCACCACUAGAGAUUCAUGUAAAAUUGGAUUACGUUGGAAACACAGCUUUCAAAAUAAAAACAGUAAUUUCACUUCAAGGAACAGGUAUCCUCUUGAGUGAAAACGACACACAAUCCGUUUGUGUGCACAAAGAAACCCGCAAGUCAUCACCUCUGCCCGACUGGUGGAAGGAGAAGUUUUCAGCAGCAAAUGGAGAACCCUUGAAACUUGCCAGGUUGAAGGUUCCAGAAAGUGUGGUGUUGACAGAGCAGCGUUUGCAAGUUCAAGCCAGCGAAGUUGAUCCAUACAUGCAUGUCAACUGGUCAAAUUUUGUGAAAUACUGCCAUGAUGCAUUUAUAAUUUCACAACUACAAAGCCAUCCUGGCAAUUCGGCUGGUAAUUUGUUCAGAAAUGUGAAAAAUUUAUCAGCUUCUUAUAUCAAGGAAUCAAAUUUAGGGGAUUUUAUAACCGUCCGAUUUUGGCAAGAUACUGAUAACAUUGAUGUAUAUAAGUUUCAAAUACUAAAGGAUUUAGAUGUUCUGUCUGAGUGUUGCUUUGAAUAUUACCCAGAUACUGAUUUGUGA